GUGCCUGUGGCUUUGGUGAAGGAUAAACGGAGAAAGUCCCAACCUCAUGGGAUUUCUACAAACGGCGUCGUUGGGAGCCUCUUUGAAACGCGUCGUUUCGGUUUCACCGUUUGGCCCCGUAGGUCGAUUGAUCAAGUUUUGUGCGUGGCUUGAUCCUAGGCGGAACGGACCAUGGAAACCCUAGACGCAACUUCUUCUUGUUCUUCUUCUGCUUCAAAUCUCCAAAGCCCUAGCUCCAAAACUCCACAACCACCACCUUCUGUCAUCCGCCUAUGGAGACCAGCCGCGCAGCGAAACCUCCGAAACCAGUGGUCGAAAUUAGCUUCCUACAGACAACAAUGGACUUCUACUGCCUCAAAGGGAAGGUCACAUGCCACAGAUCUUGUCAAUUCCUAUCUCUCUCAAAGAUAUAUGCCUCCCAUGGAGUUGGGUGUUCUGAGUGAUAUGCCCAAUAUUAGAAAGAAAGCUUGCAUGAAAUUAUUAAAGCAGCAGGGUCUUCAUGGGAGCAAACUUUUGUCAGCAUACAAGGAUAUGGUAUGCAUACUGAACAUGUGUUAUUGUGUUGGCAUGUCAAUCUUCCCAAACUCAUGUAAGAAAUUAGCAGAGGAACUUGUUCAGAUGUUCAUACUUGAACUAAAUUUGAAGCGGUUGCUUGUAGUGGAGUUACUCUCCAUCAGUUGCGAAGAAGCCUCACAAGACGAUCAAUAUUGUUGGUCAGAUGAGCUGUAUCCUGGGGAAUUUGAUGAUUUGGGUAUAUGCAGCUUGCAUUCAAAAGAAAUUGGCGAGCUUAUUCCCCCAAAAAUAAUAGGUUUUGAAUCUCAUUCGCCUGUUAUACGUUCUAAUCAGCAGCCAGAUCAUGAGAUCUUACAGGUUUACCUUACAACUUGGCUUGCAGAGGUGAACAUUGAUACACAUAGGGUUGAUGAAAUAUUUGCUGCAAUUGGGGAGGAAAUGCACGUUGGCCUUUCAUGAACCUGCCUAUAUGUUAAAAAGGAGAGAAGUGCUACUCCAAUGAAUCCAUCAAAGAUUCUGCAGACCACAAUAGGCUACAAAUUGGGUAGUCCUAUAAUUUAUCUGUAUCUAUAUCAUAAAUGAGCAAAGUCUUGAAAACUAUUUUUUUUCCUGAAAUUUCCUGUUCAUCACUCUUAUGUACGCAUACAUCCUAUUAUUAUUUUAUUGAAUUAAUUUGGAUUA